AUGUCUACAACUUUGACAUAUCUUGAUCUUUCUGGAACAAAUAUUGACAAAAAAUCUGCUACUUUUUUAGCACAAGCUUUAACACAAGGAAAUAGUAAAUCUGGUGCUAUACUAAAAACACUCAAGUUAGAUAAUUGUGCACUAAAGAACAAUGUUUUGGAAGUUUUGGAUCUACAAACUGUGUGCAUAAAUGGGAAAUUAGAGUUCAAUGAAAUAAUCUACUCUUAG